UUCGCAUUCACCGCCCAGCUGACCCAAAAGCAGCUCCUUCGAGGUUGGCCAAGGCAGUUUGGUGGGAAGAUGGAGAAGAACCCGUACACGAUGGCCAAGCUGGGGCUGGAGCUGAAGGAGAACCCCAAUAAGAGGGACUGCGGCUUCUACAUGAAAUAUUUCUUCCUCUUCCUCUCUCUCAUCCAGUUCCUCAUCAUCCUGGGUCUGGUGCUUUUCAUGGUGUACGGCACCUCGGAGGAGAGCACCAAGAAGCACCAGAAAGUCCUGCAGGACCAGCUCUCGCAAUGCAACCAGAAAGGCGAGGCCCUCGGGCGCGAGAUCGGAGACUUCAAGAGCCGGCUCAACGCCAGCCAGGUGGAGGCCCGGCUGAGCAAGACCCAGGCCACCAUGUACAACAGGACCUCAGUGAACAACUACAACGAGAAGGUGAAAUGCCAGGAGCUUCGGAAGCAAGACGCACUUGCCCAACAGAUGAGCCGGGAAUGUGCUUACAACUUGUACCUUCUGAAUAUGACGACUCAAGUCCGAAUCGACUCUCUCCAAGAAAAGCUCGCAGCUCUGGAGUUGAGGAGCAAGCUGGAGCAAGACGCCUUGUCCGGGGCCAAGAAAAACCUGGAGGACCUACUGGACCGGACCGAGAAGGAGAAGCGGACUUGCGAGAUCGACAGGCUGGGAGAACAGUCGCGGAUGCAGACCUACCAGAGCUUGGGCUCCCAGGUCCUCUCCAAGCUGGACCCCGUCCCCGAUAACCUGAGGUCGUCCUUCGACCACGCCAUGGCACAGUUCACCGCCUGCUACCAGCUCGGCGGCGCCCAGCAUGAAUUUCGCCAGCUGACGGACGCCAUGCGGGCCCAGUUCGAUGCGCUGGCCAGGCAGGUGGACCAGAAAGUGAGCAGCGUGGCCGAGGAGAACGGGGGGCUGCAACGCCAGAAGGCCACCUGCGCCCACAGCCUGCAGGAGAAGGAGCGCCAGGCGGGCGAACAGAAACAGCAGUGCGAGAGGGAGAAGCAGCUGCUCCGGGAUGCCCAGGACGCAGAGACCAAGAAGAUGUACGCGGAGAGGCAGCAGCUGGUCGGCGAGAAGGAGACCCUCCAGCUGCAGCUGCAACAGAGCAAAACAGCGUGCCUGAAUCUCAGGGGGACCUCUUCGUUCCCAAGCAGCUCGUUCGUGAGGCCGGGGAGCCCCGUUUCGUCCGGGGGCGCCAACACGAUGGGGAGCCAUUGGAACGCAGGGAAAGUCGUGAACAAUGCUGGUUCGGUUUCCAGCCCACAUAUCUUCCUUGGAAGAGCAGGUGCAGUCGGGCAGCCGAAUCCUGCCUCCCCGGGAAUUCCAAGCAAUGCUGACCGAUUGAGAACUGUGGAGAACAAGAGACCCCCUUUGGAGAUCGGGAAGCUGCCGAACCAGCUGCCAGCCAUCCCCGCGGGACAACCCCCCAGCGGUUAAAGGAAGCGGCGCCGGAGGCCUCCAGGAACGGCACCUGGGAAUUAAGACUCGAUUGUUGGAAAGGGGAGAGUGUGGAACCGGGAUAUUUCCUCACCUGCAGAUGCAUUUCGGACAGGACAGGGAACCGAAGCAGAAACGGAUGGAAGAACUGAACGGGGAUAAGCCAGCUGCCCUCUUGCCUGGUAUCUUUUCCCCAAACCCUCGCUUCUUCCUGGGGGACUACCGAUACCCAAUUUAAGAUGUCUUAUCCUAAACCAGCCGGCCCGUUUGAUUUGUUGUGUUUCGCAAGCAGCCAU